AUGUAUCACGCUACCGUUUUCCAAGGCAUGCUCAUUGCAUUCUCGCUCGUCUCGUCGACUUCAGCUCUUGGGAUCAACUGUCGCGGCUCUUCAAACUGCAACACUUUUGGAAACAACCAAGUGGCCAUUGAGCUGACUCACGCUAUUGAUGGCAUUGACCCGAAUCGCUGGUACAACAACAGCGAGCUUGUUGCCUGUGUUGGCACUGGUGCCCCAAUCACGGGUAAUGGAGCGUUCUGUGCCUUUUUGCAGGGAACCGGCGGUGCUCCUGGUCGCAACAUCAAGGGUCUAGCUCAUUUUAUUCCAGACCAUGGGCAUGUCCCCUCAACCCCCCAUCGACAAGGCUUGCUAUCCUAA